AUGAUCAUUAUUACUAUUGAGAAUGCUUAAAAUUCUGAAUAUGAUGUUGAAAUCAAACCUAUUAUUUCUAUCUCCCCUAUUUUGACAAAGCAACCAGAUGUGAAAAUAUUGUAAAUUUUUAAGACAAUCCUUUACUCUCUAAUGAAGCCAAGUUACAAUUAAAAUUUCCUAAUAAAAUAUCAAAGGAUCACCAACCCCUUAUUUCUUAAACAGUCUAAAUGUACUAAAAAAAUUGUUUUCUCUCCUGGGUUAGUCAACCAUAUUUUUUUAAUAUGUGUGAAUUGCUAUGAAUUUAGUAAUGAGUAUUUUUGGAGUGAGCACAAUAUUUUAAAGUAUCAUAGAUAUGUCAAAGUCAGGCCGAGCUGGAAAACUAUUUUCAGUUCUUUAUGUUUGUGCGUUUUUUUCAAACCAGACCAAACUCUAAAAAGAACCUUGAAAUUGCCUUAUGAAGCGAUUCAAUUAAUAAAAUAAAAUUGGAUCUAUAACACUGCAAUAAUAUGCAAUUUUAUAUCAACUAAUAUGGAUAAGUAGCCUAGGUAUAUCUCAUUAACAUAAUUCAAAGCCUUAAUUGGCUCCAUCACAUACUCUCUUGUAGUUGAAUAUAUUUUAAUAAAAAAUUAAUCAUUAUUCACAUAAAUUUGGAAGUUCAUCUAUUUUGACUUGAAGAUGAAUUUCCAGCUCUCCAAUCAUUCUAAAAUGGAAACAUAAAACAAAGGAACUUAAUUUUUAGAGAGUGACUGCUACUUUGAUCUAUAAUUAAUUUUAAUUAAUUGCUCUUGA